AAUGAACCCCGUGAAUGCCACGGCCCUCUACAUUUCCGCGAGCCGCCUCGUGCUCAACUACGACCCCGGGGACCCCAAGGCGUUCACCGAGAUCAACCGGCUGCUGCCUUACUUCCGACAGUCGCUGUCGUGCUGCGUGUGCGGACACUUACUACAAGAUCCUAUUGCACCCACCAACUCCACCUGCCAACAUUAUGUCUGCAAAACUUGUAAAGGCAAGAAAAUGAUGAUGAAACCUUCUUGUAGUUGGUGCAAAGACUAUGAGCAGUUUGAGGAAAACAAGCAGUUAAGCAUCUUAGUGAACUGCUACAAAAAACUAUGUGAAUAUAUAACACAGACUACUUUGGCACGGGAUAUCUUAGAAGCAGUCGACUGUUCUUCUGAUAUUUUGGCUUUGCUUAAUGAUGGAUCAUUGUUUUGUGAGGAGACAGAAAAACCCUCAGACUCAUCCUUUACUUUGUGUUUGACACAUUCCCCAUUACCUUCAACCUCAGAACCCACGACUGAUCCUCAAGCUACUUUAUCUCCAAUAUCUGAAAGUACUCUCAGCAUUGCUAUUGGUAGUUCGGUUAUCAACGGUUUGCCUACUUAUAAUGGGCUUUCGAUAGAUAGGUUUGGUAUAAAUAUCCCUUCACCUGAACAUACAAAUACAAUUGAUGUAUGUAAUACUGUUGACAUAAAAACAGAGGAUCUGUCUGAUGGGUUGCCACCCGUGUGUGACACUGUAGCCACUGACUUGUGCUCCACAGGCAUUGAUAUCUGCAGUUUCAGUGAAGAUAUAAAACCUGGUGACUCUUUGCUACUGAGUGUAGAGGAAGUACUCCGCAGUUUAGAAACUGUUUCAAAUACAGAGGUUUGUUGCCCUAAUUUGCAGCCCAAUUUGGAAGCCACUGUGUCUAAUGGACCUUUUCUGCAGCUUUCUUCUCAGUCUCUUAGCCAUAAUGUUUUUAUGUCUACCAGUCCUGCGAUUCAUGGGUUAUCAUGUACAGCAGCAACUCCAAAGGUAGCAAAAUUAAAUAGAAAACGAUCCAGAUCAGAAAGCGACAGUGAAAAAGUUCAGCCACUUCCAAUUUCUACCAUUAUUCGAGGCCCAACAUUGGGGGCAUCUGCUCCUGUGACAGUGAAACGGGAGAGCAAAAUUUCUCUUCAACCUAUUGCAACUGUUCCCAAUGGAGGCACAACACCCAAAAUCAGUAAAACUGUACUUUUAUCUACUAAGAGCAUGAAAAAGAGUCAUGAACAUGGAUCCAAGAAAUCGCACUCUAAAACCAAGCCAGGUAUUCUUAAAAAAGACAAAACGGUAAAAGAAAAGAUAUCUACCCAUCAUUUUAUGCCAGGAAGUCCUACCAAGACUGUGUACAAAAAACCCCAGGAAAAGAAAGGGUGUAAAUGUGGGCGUGCUACUCAAAAUCCAAGUGUUCUUACAUGCCGCGGCCAACGCUGCCCUUGCUACUCUAACCGCAAAGCCUGCUUAGAUUGUAUAUGUCGUGGCUGCCAAAACUCCUAUAUGGCCAAUGGGGAGAAGAAGUUGGAAGCAUUUGCUGUGCCAGAAAAGGCCUUGGAGCAGACCAGGCUCACUUUGGGCAUUAAUGUGACUAGCAUUGCUGUGCGCAAUGCUAGUACCAGCACCAGUGUAAUUAAUGUCACAGGGUCCCCAGUAACGACAUUUUUAGCUGCCAGUACACAUGAUGAUAAAAGUUUGGAUGAAGCUAUAGACAUGAGAUUCGACUGUUAAAUCAGUGGGUCUUUAAACCUACCUCUGGUAGGGAAAUAGCUACAGUUUUCACGGCAGCUAUGGUUUUGUUGGUUUAACUUGCCGGAGCUCCUGCACAUAGAUCACUUGUAUCAAGUGUUUUCACUGCUAAGUUAUAUGUGUUAGUGUCGGGGAAAUAGUUUGCAGAUAAUGGAGGAGUAACCCUACAAAUAUAUGUCUUUAGUUCUUACAGAACCUCAUAGUUGGAGAACAAAUGCUGAUGCAACUGAUUUAUACAAAAUGAACUUUGGCAAGGAAAAUAACAUUAACCUCAUUGUUUAUGGUCAUGCUUUGUGCAUAAUCAAAGUUUAUGAUUAAAUGUAAGAAGUGGUAUCUAGUCAGUCCAUAAAGAUUGUGGUUUUUUCUCUCUCUCUUUUUUUUCCUCCUCCUUUUUGGUGGAAAAGUAGCCAUUAGUUUGUUCAGGAGACUCAGUGCUGCCUUCAGAUGCCAUUGAUGUUUCCCUGUUGAAAAACUGAUGUGUCCAGCUCAACCUUUGUACUGACACAAUACCAUUUCUGAUCAUGAAAAUUGGCUACUGGUGUAUGUAGCAGUUCUUAAUCAGCAGUAUUAUGAAAGAAAAAGAAAAUUUGCCCCUCAUUAGAAUGUUGAAGAAAUCUGGUGUUCUCCCCCCUCCUCUUCACCCCAUUUUUACCAGAGCACUGCUCAGCUCUGGCUUAUGGUAGUGUGGGAGAUUGAACUUGGGGACAUCAGGCAUGAAAGUCUCUUUGCAUAACCAUUACGCUAUUUACCCCUAUUCAAGAAAUUUCUUGUUUAAAAGUGAACAAAUUGAAAUUUUGUCAGACUGAAGAUGUUAACUUUUUGCUGUGAAGCUCUUCAGAGUUGAAUCCCUAAAGUCUGACUCAUUCCUAGGGGAAAAAAUUCCAAAUCCUUCCUUCACUUUGAGCAAUGUUUAGGUAGACAAGUGAAGAGCAACUUUAUUCUGAAAGUAAAUGAAUUUUGACUAUAGGAUAUGACAAAAUUAUUAAAACGUUCUAUUUAGAAAUUGGGAUAUGUUUCAUUUUGGAAUAAUGCCCCUAAACAUACCUAGAUUUAUGUGUUAUGCUAAUUGCCAUUGACCACUUCUUUGAUUUUUAAAAAUUUUUUUGUUUCUGCUAAUAGUUUGCCACAGACUUUAUUUUAAAUGUGCCCUCCCCCAUAUAUAUAUAUAUUUAGGGUGCUAUUUGUUAUGAAGGUUUCUAUAGAGACCUAAUAAAAAUGUCUCUUUAUGAAGCCUGUGCAUUUAGGUAGAUUUGAAGCCAGAGUUUUCUGUAGAAUGCUCUUUUGCAUGUAAAGCACAAACUUUGUUUCAGUUUCAAUGUACUUCUUCCCUUUAAUUUUAAUGGGGGAGACUAGUGAGUCAGAAACAUUCUGUUGAAGGGAAAUCUAGUCAGUUGCUUGAAAGAGCACACAGCCCGACUAAGACAAGGACUGACUAGGUUGUAAAGAGAUGACCUUAUGAUCUCAAAGAAGAGUUGCUGCUUUAACAAGUGCUUAUUUAAAGAAAAAUACUGCUGGAAAUUUUACAGUUUCUACUACGUUCACCAUCUCAUGAAAUCUGACAUGUUGAAGUUACGUUUUGAUUUGGCACACAGCAUGCUCAAUGAUGGUUACUCGCCUAGUACAAGACAUGGAGAAGAAACAUUUGGACACAGCAGAUGACACCUCCUUCUGUUUUGUAGUGUAUCCUGGUGUCAUUUUCUGUGAAUGUGGUCAGGUAGAGUUGUUUUUGUUGUUGGGCUUUUUUUUUUUUCCUUUUGUCUCUUUUGGUGGGGUGGGGGUGGGCUAAAGCCAUAGGAAGAAAAAUGUGAUGUAUGUGUCCAGUAUGUACUAUUUUUUGUUUUUGUUUUGCAAGAAGAGUUGACCUAUUUUUGAUAACAAGAGUAAAUGGUGGAAAAUGCUUCUUAGUUGUCUUGUCUUUAUUUGCUUUCCAAGUUUUGGAAUUUUAUUUAAUCCCUCUGUUAGUGUCUUAUGAAACAUGUAUUUGCCUAAAGUUUGUAAGAGUUUUGUGUUGAACUCAGAUGCCCUACUAUAUAAACUUGUACAUUUGUUUAUUCACUAAUAAGCACUGCAAAAAUGAUUAGAAAUAUAAUAAGACUGUGCACAUGAUUAGGAUAUAUCUUGCAAAUCUCCCAAACUUUCCUAAUAUGACCUUAAAAUUGAUGAGUACUUUAUGCUUCCCAGGUUUGAUAAUCUUAGUUUUGUGUUUUUUGAUGCAUGGGAGGUUGGCAAUAUAGACUUAAGUGGAAAUCAUUAGUAUGUGAGGGCCUUGAUUAUUCUGUAAUGUUGCAAUGAUGAAUUCAGGUUGUUUUUAGCACACGUUUCUCUUUUUUAUGCUGGUAUUCUCACUGCCACAUUUUUGGAAAACUGUAUUACACCUUAAAUCUAUCAAUAAAUGUUAGUUUUCUAAUUCUA